AUGUUUUCUCCUUUUUUCUCGUUCAACUCAGGUACCCCACUUGUGGGUGUCUCGGCGGUUGAUCCGGAUCCAGGGGAAAACGGCACUGUCUACUAUGAUCUGCUAGAAAGGGACGAAUUCGCCAGCCAUUUCUUUGUGGAGUCGAAUACCGGCAUAAUAAUUGUGCUCACUCCUCCGGCCGAGACAGCCAAUCUAAUGAGCCAGUCAAAUCUGACCCUGCUCGCCAAUUCAACUAAGUCCAGCGAUGUUGUAUUGCCCAGUUUUGCCGAGAACCACACCAGCAUUGGCGUUCUCGAAUCCACGUGGCGUCAGCCGCGGGAUCGACUGUACGUUGCAGCCAAAGAUGGAAUGGGUGCCAGAGUCGUGCUUGCUGUCCAGUUCAUUUGGCCUGUAGACACGUCAUUGGCGGCUGUUGCUGCAGAGAGCAUCCGUCCAGCCCGUCUCGUCUGCCGGUCGAAAUGGGAGGCUUUUGUGACUGAAGAUGGGGCCGACCCGGAGGCAUGGCGACGACGUGGCAGAUUUCCCGGCCUUACACAUGUUCGGUUGUCACUAGACAACCUGACGACUGGAGACGUCACGAGUCAGGCUCCUAUUGCCGAGUGCUACGUGGACGGACCACCGGUUGCUAUGCCUGGAGAGGCUGAGAUUGAGGUGGUUGGCAUCUCUGGCCGCCUGUGGCUGGGACAUGUGCCUCUGUUCACGGAGGGUCAGUAUUUCGGCAUCGGUUGGCGUUUGGAGCGUCGGCCCGAGCCAACCCUGCGAUUCGACGUUAUGCCGCCAAUUGAGACGCCGGCAACUGGGGCUUGGUGGACGCGGGUGUUGGACGCGGAUCACAGUUUGGUUCUGCGACUCGCCAUACCCGGCCACGGGUUCGUCUACCACCGACUCGACGUCCAGAUUGGGCUUCCUGCCCCCUGGCCUGCAUCUGCCUGGCUGGGCGCCAGGCACGAGGAGACCUGUCUUCAGCCGGUGUUCCGUGUCGCGGUUACGGAGAACUCGCCCCCGGGGACGAUGAUAACUCCAAUUGCCUUCCGCCACGCGGGCGAACUUAAGCUUCUAAACGACUUUGGCGGACUCUUCGAAAUCUUUCGUGAAGGUGAAGGCUUGAGCCGUUUCACGGUCACAGUAUCAUCCCAGCUACAUCUUUAA